AUGCUUCCCACACCGUCGUCCCAAUCUGUUCCUGCGGAGAGCCAAAAUAGCGAUAGCAAACGCAAACGCACACCACUGCCAUCACCACAACCGACUAGUGAGGCCGUGGAUCCGGAUAGCCCCUCCAGCGCUUCAAGUGUACGUGCCGUCAGAAAGCGUAUCAAGAUACAAAUUCGAACUCACAGCUCUGAAGAGAACGAAAUGGAAGACGAAUCCACACAGUUCUCUGACGAUUACGUCUCGGACGACGACGUUUCGUCGAGCAGCAGCUGGAGCCACACUACAGUCUCGACAUGGAUCAAUACUGAAUCGGAGUUCGUGAUCAAGAUCAAACAUGAGACAAUACCUGAGGAUCCAUUGCUCCCCAAAGUCACGAAUGUGUGCGUCAUGUGCGACAAGCCAGCAACCGUGCCAUAUGUCCCCGUGACCACGAUGAGCAACUUCGUGUUUGUGGCAUCCUAUAGCCUGACGGGAGAGUACUUUCCAGAGGAGGUCAAUCAAUCCCUGGCUGCCCUAACCAAAGGACUCACCCCCUUGCUUCCUGGAACGGUGGUUAUUGCGGCACUGUCAUGGUCUCCUGAACGAACACCGCCCCUCAACCUCGAGGAUGUUACCGGCCGUGAUAUUGUAUUUGCACUAGACAAAUUGAAGUUCGAUAAUGUCGGGGUGUGCAACAGACUGGUGUGCAACCCUGAUCCAAGUCGCAAUAACCAACCUUCGGUACCUGGCAUCAAGAUCACCGACUUUAACAACCCAUUCUUCGAGCGUGCGUUUGGGACCGAGCAUAGAAUCGAGAGCAUGCAACCGGUUCAGGUCUUCAAAAGAGAAAUGCACUAUAAAGGGCAUAAGAAGAUGUUCGGCUGUACUAUUCCCUUUCUCCUCGGUUUGCCUUGGAUUACCUGUGCCGAUAACGACAUUCGGUGGAUUAUAGAAAAGAGGAAAAUCGAAAAGCCAAUCAACCUCCGCUACCUGAAUUUCCGAUUCGAUGCGGAGGAUGAGCGGCGGGUCUUGGAAAAUAUUCGAUUGUCGAGGAAUGAGGAUUAUCAGGCAGCAACCUGUCACUACGGAACCUUCGUUCUUGUACAUUUGCUGGGAGUCAAAAUCUACCCUUACCACAUCUCGGCCUUAUGCGACUAUCUCGACUACUGUUUCGAAUCCACCACCACUCCGAGCAAGGAAGGGUUUCUUGACUCUUGGCGACGGUGGUGCCAGGUGCAUGAUGGAGAUGGUGAUGAUUUUAUCUCACCUUACGAUACUGACGACCAAGAGGAAAUUGAUUUUUCCAACGAUGGCAUCGACGCAUCAGCAAGGAAUUUGUGGGGCGAAUUUGGUGAACGCCUGAUCAAAGACAUCGAGGAUUGUUCUGCCGUCAUAUUGGAGGAUCUUUGGCCGGUUAUCUUUGGAGACGCAAUGGGACUUGAUGAUUCGGCAUCCGAGUCUACUUCAAGCCACGGCGGCGGCGCUUCCUUGACGGAAUACGUUGAAGAUCCAUCGACCUCUGCUGGUUUGGACGGCGAAACUAUCGUGGCACCCAUUGAGGACGAGUCGUUGCGCGCCAAAUCCCGAUCACCACUUACUUCAAGACGGUCGACUUCCAGUCUGAGCCAGCUCUCCAAUACCCCCUCGUGGCCGUGA